GAGAGAGAGAGAGAGAGAGAGAGAGAGAGAGGUGUGUGAGAGGACUGGAAGGUAAGGACCGUUGGAGUUGUUGGAGACGUGGCUAAAGACAGCAUCACUUGUUUGGCAACGACAACAGUGACACCACUGGAAGUGCAGUCCUCCUCAACCACUAUGAGUGCCCCAAAGCCUCAGCACAAUAGCCAUGAUAUGAAUGGUGGCGACGAGAGUGACAGAGAAGCCAAAGAAAACGACAAAUUAGCUCAAGAAGACAGUGAUGUGAAGACAAUGGAUAAAAAUAAUUCGAGUGACAAUUCAAAGAAGUCUCGGUUCCAGACAUUAAACCAGAGCCUAAGACGUGCGCGAACUCACUUGGAGUCUAAUAAAAACCAUAGGAUUAUAGUUAUUCUCGCAAUCAUUAUAUUUGUGUUGCUUUUGAUUACAAUUAUAUUAUCCAUUCAAUUAAGUCUAAGACCGGCGCUUAUAACUGAUCCCAAAUGUGAAACAAGUGAUUGUCUGAGAGCAGCGACGAGUGUUGUCAGCGCUCUCAACACCACUUAUGACCCGUGCCGUCAGUUUUGGCACUUUUCAUGCAAUGGUUGGACUGCGAAGAAUGAGAUGCCAGACAAUAGGGGCAGUUGGGCGGUGACCGACCACAUCACUGACCGCAUCCAACACGAGCUCAGACACUAUAUCGAUCUCAUCGGUCACGGCGUCGAUGAAGCAGAUCCUCAAUUCAAAGUCAAGCGCUUCUAUUCCUCGUGUCUUAAUGUGGAUGACAUCGAAUACAACUCUAUUUCUACCAUUAAAUACGAGAUCCAAGAGAUUGGGGGCUGGAGUUUAUUGAGCUCCUGGUCCUACCAGAGUUGGGACAGAACUAAAGUCAUCGAAAGACUUCAUACCAAAUACGGUGUGAAUCCAUAUUUUAAAGUUUCUGUCGGACCCGACGAUCUCGACCCCAACCAACCCUUCAUUAUUAAGAUUGAACCAUCGGGAUUAGGUCUGCCCUCCAAGAACUACUAUUAUGAUACCAAAUAUGAAAAGCAAACGGAAUCCUAUAAGAACUUUAUGAGAGAAUUGGCGAAACUGUUUAACGCUCAGUCCAUACAAGCGAAUCAAUUCGCAGAGAAUAUG